AUGGAUAUUCUAGUAGAGCAUAAGGAAAUAAUUGAAAAAGAUUUGUAGAUUAUCAUGGGUCAACUUUUGCUUGCUGUUGAUUACAUGCACUAGAUGGAUGUGAUACACAGAGAUCUUAAACUAAGCAAUAUAUUGCUGAACUCUAAAGAAAAGGAUAACUAUGAUUUAAGAGUUGCUGAUUUAGGCCUUGCUUAUAUGUAUACCACUGAUAGUAAACCAUAGGAGAAGUGCGGUACUCCAACUUAUAUUGGGCCAGAAAUUUUGGAAGGAGAUAAAUAUGAUCAUAAAGUUGACAUAUUUAGUUUGGGCUCAAUAAUGUAUAAUUUAAUUACUGGCCGUUACUUAUUUGAAUGUUCUGAAAGUGAAAAUGUCUUGUUUCUAAAUAAACUAUGCCAUCUUGGUCAUAUUGACAGACAUAUUUCUUCCCUCAGUCAUGACGGGAGAGACCUGCUAUUAAAGUUGCUAGAGAAGAAUCCCUUGUAUCGCCCUACAGCUAAGUAAGCUCUUCAACAUAGAUGGUUUUAAGCUGAUAGAGAAGCUUUAGAUGCUGCUUUGAUAAUUAAUGAAUAAAUCUAGACAUAAACUUAUCAAAGAAAGUAUGAUAUCUAAUCCAACUAAAUUGAUCAGUAAUUAGAUGAUUAAGGAUCUCAAAUGAAUGUAAGGUAAAGUUUCCUGCCAAGAUUAUCUGAAUUAAGUGCUUAUGUCUCAAGAUUUUCAAGCAACUAAAGGAUCAAAUCUAGAAAGGAAAGCUUACACUAUAGCUAUUAUGAUAUUAUUACAUCCAACAGAAAUGCUAAAUCUAAAUCGCCUCAUUAGUUCCGCUAAUUUACAUCAUUAGGCUAAAAUGGUGUUUACACUCCGGCUAUAAAUAUCAAAGCUAUUAAUUAUGGUUUUGAAAACUAUGCUUAGGAAAAAUUACAAUUUGAUAUAUAAAAACCUUCAAAUUUGCAGGUAGAUUAAGCCUACUAAGAAGAAGUAAAGGAAUAGCCUCUAUUGAUACAUGUUUCUUUAGAUUUACAGAUUGAUAACUUUUAAGACAACUGA